UCUACGGUUUUGGGGGGAUGCAAAUGUGCCGAUCAAGACAAGCAGCAAGCGGCCUACGAUUGCAACACAGAAGACGCUGACGGAGAGGUGCGAAGAGAUUUAAGGGAGAUACAGAGAGAGAAAGCUGUCAUUUACUGUAACACCUAGAUGGAUGUGAAAACGGAGGAAUGUGAGGCCGACAUGAAUAUUAUGGACAAAAGGACACCAAAUGUUAAGGAGGAGGACUGUGAAUGGGAGUGUGUCCAACCUAAACAGGCAGGUCUGGGCAUUAAGGAUGAGAACUGUGAACUGGGGUCAGUGGGCAUUAAAGAAGAAACUGAAGAGACGUCUGUCAGCGUUGAGGUGCACAAAUAUAAAAGGACUGAGAGUGUGAAGGAAGACAAACAAGAUGGAGCAGUAACUGAGUUAGUCUCUUCUCAAAGCAAACACUGUCCAUCACCAGAGUCGUCUAUCAAUGUGAAGUCUGAAUCAUUAGAGUCUGACGCAAAAAGGACUGAGGAGGUUUCAUCUGUUAGAACUCCAGAAGAUCAGCCAUCAACUUCAGGGAAAUCCACAAAAGGAGACAAACAUCAGUGCUGCUCUGAAUGUGGCAAACAGUUCAAGUCCACAGGAUAUCUUCAGAUCCACCAACGAAUUCACACAGGAAUAAGUCCUUAUUGCAGUCCUGCAUGUGGGAAGAAGUUUUUACAAAAGAGUAAUCUUCAUAGACACCAAAGAGUUCACACAGUAGAGAAACCUUAUUGCUGUUCUGAAUGUGGUAAGAUGUUUUUGAAGAAGUGUGAUCUUAAGAUCCACCAAAUAAUUCACACCGGACAGAAAACAUAUUGCUGUUCUGAAUGUGGUAAGCGAUUUCUAAAAAUGAGUGUACUUCAUAGACACCAAAGAAUUCACACAGGAGACAAGCCUUAUUGCUGUUCUGAAUGUGGCAAGCAUUUUUUGCAAAAAUGGAAUCUUCAGAUCCACCAAAGAGUUCACACGGGAGAAAAGCCUUAUUGCUGUUCUGAAUGUGGUAAGCCGUUUUCAAAAAUGAUCAGUCUUCAUAUCCACCUAAGAACUCACACAGGAGGAAAUCCUUAUUGCUGUUCUGAAUGUGGCAAACAGUUUUUGCUUAAGAAGGAUCUUCAUGUCCACCAAAGAAUUCACAUGGUACAAAAGCCUUAUUGCUGUUCUGAAUGUGGGAAGCAGUUUUUGCAGAAGAGCAGCCUUAAGAUUCACCAGAGAAUUCACACAGGAGAGAAGCCUUACUGUUGUUCUGAAUGUGACAAGCGUUUUUCACAGAAGAGCCAUCUUCAGAGGCACCAAACAAUUCACACUGGAAAAAAGCAUUAUUGCUGUUCUGCAUGUGGCAAGCAGUUUGUACAAAAGAGUAAUCUUCAUAGACACCAAAGAGUACACACAGGAGAGAAGCCUUAUUGCUGUUCAAAAUGUGGCAGUCACUUUUCAGAAAAGUGCAGUCUUCUGAGACACCAAACGAUUCACACAGGAGAGAAUCGUCAUUGCUGUUCUGCAUGUGGCAAGACGUUUUUGAAAAAGAGCGAUCUUCAGAGCCACCAAAGAAUUCACACAGGAGAGAAGCCUUAUUGCUGUUCUAAAUGUGGCAAGCGGUUUCUAAAAAGGUGUUUACUGCAUAGACACCAAGUAAUUCACACAGGAGACAAACCUUAUUGCUGUUCUGAAUGUGACAAGCAUUUUUCAAAAAAAUGGAAUCUUCAGAUCCACCAAAGAAUUCACACGGGAGAAAAGCCUUAUAGCUGUUCUGAAUGUGGUAUGCACUUUUCAAAAAAGACCAGUCUUAUUAUGCACCGAAUUACUCACACAGGAGAAAAGCCUUAUUGCUGUUCUGAAUGUGGCAAACAGUUUUUGCAGAAGAGUAGUCUUCAGAUCCACCAAAGAAUUCACACAGGAGAGAAGCCUUAUUGCUGUUCUGAAUGUGACAAGCGGUUUUCACAGAAGAGCCAUCUUCAGAGACACCAAACAAUUCACACAGGAGAGAAACCUUAUUGCUGUUCGGAGUGUGACAAGCAGUUUUCACUUAAGAAGAAUCUUCAGAGCCACCAAAGACUUCACACAGGAGAGAAACCUUAUUGCUGUUCUGAAUGUGGCAAGCAGUUUUCACAAAAAUGGAAUCUUCAGAUCCACCAAACAAUUCACACUGGAGAAAAGCCUUAUUGCUGUUCUGAAUGUGGCAAGCAUUUUUCAAAAAAGACCAGUCUUCAUAUGCACCGAAUUACUCACACGGGAGAAAAGCCUUAUUGCUGUUCUGCAUGUGGCAAACAGUUUUGGCAGAAGAGCAGUCUUCAGAUCCACCAAAGAAUUCAUACAGGAGAGAAGCCUUAUUGCUGUUCUGAAUGUGACAAGCGGUUUUCACAGAAGAGCCAUCUUCAGAGACACCAAGCAAUUCACACAGGAGAGAAACCUUAUUGCUGUCCUGAGUGUGACAAGCAGUUUUCACAGAAGAGCCAUCUUCAGAGCCACCGAAGACUUCACACAGGAGAAUAACCUUAUUGCUGUUCUGAAUAUGGGAAGAAUUUUUCACAAAAAUCAGCUCUUAAGGUUCACAAAAGCAUUCAUACAGGA